CCAGCACCCUUCUCGACGGAUGCCUGUUGUGAGAGGAUUAGGAAACAAAUUGAUUAUUCAAAUAAAAUAACGAAGGAGGAAGCUAAGGAGGGCAAAAACAAGAGACCAGUGAGGAUAUAUGCAGAUGGCAUAUACGACAUGUUCCACUCUGGGCAUGCCAGACAACUUAUGCAAGCCAAAGCAGUCUUCCCAAGUGUUUACCUGAUUGUUGGAGUAUGCAACGAUGAACUGACGUGGAAGAUGAAAGGACGAACGGUGAUGAAUGAGAAGGAGAGGUACGAUGCCGUGCAGCACUGCAGGUACGUUGACGAGGUCGUGGCCGAUGCCCCCUGGCAGAUUGAUGAGGAUUUCAUGCAGCACCACAAGAUAGACUUUGUGGCCCACGAUGACUUGCCUUAUGGAUCGAGCACAGAAGAGGACAUCUACAAAUGGCUGAAGGACUCUGGCAGGUUCGUGGCCACUGAGAGGACAGAGGGCAUCUCCACCACUGACGUCAUCGCCCGCAUCAUCAAGGACUACGACAUCUACGUCAGGAGGAACCUCGCCAGGGGGUACACUGCCAAGGAGCUCAAUGUCGGGUUCAUGAAGGAGAAGACGAUUCAGUUGCAGUCGAAAGUUGAGUCGGUCAGAGGUAGGAUGAUGGACAAGGGUCACGAACUCAUCAACAAGUGGGAAGAGAAGUCGAGAGAGUUCAUAUGCAACUUCCUCGAACUCUUUGGCAGGGACGGAAGGAUUGUUAGUGCUUCGUUGAUGUUGUUGUUGUUGUUGGUUGUUGUUAGAUGCAGUAGUCGUAGUUGUUCUUUGUAG